CCCAAAACAAAACAUAUAUUUUUGUAGUAAACAUAAAAAACAAAAACAAAAAAAGAAGCUAAAAUCCUCGCAAGUCAAAGAAACGACAAAGUGCUUUGACUUCGCCCCAUCGCGAAGAUAUAGAGAUAUCGCAGGAAAACGCCUUGUAAAUGAUUUCAAAGUGAGUGUAAACAGAAACUGUUCAACAUACGCCAUGUGCCGGGCUUAAGCGUGAAUAAAUUACAAUUACACGCGUCAAACUGCGCAGCAAAAUAUGCUAGUGAAAAGUGCCACAACAGCAAAAGGAACCGCACUUCCCAGGUCCUCGGCUGCAGCAUUAAUUUAAGCGAAAGCAAGGAAAACAGGAAAAGCGAGGACAACCAGGAAAAAUUCAUCCAGCGAAAAGAAUGCACUAAGCCCGAGGAGGAGCCCACUCAUCUCCCGUCUCUUUCCGGCACGCUCCACUGUCGCCGUCUUUUUCUAUUGAGGAACCAGCGCGGAAGAAGCAGCACAGAGGCAAAAUGAAUAUUGGCAUCGCAGCACCGAAAUGGGAUAAACUGUCGCCACGCGAGUUUUUGCAGCUGCAGGAGUUGGCCUCAUAUUCCACCCGAAAGCUGCAAGAUGUACUGCGGGAGUUCAGCUCGCCAAGUGCCGCCACCACGCCCAAGUGCAUUCCGGAUGGGGACAUUGAUUUCGACGGGUUCCGGCGCUUCCUGGACGCCUUUCUCGACUGCGAGGCGCCGCUGGACCUGGCCAAACAUUUGUUUGUGUCCUUCCUCAAGCCGAAUGUCACCCAGGCCCAGCUGCAUGGCCGGGCACUUAAUCAAAUGGCCGCCAUCAGCAGCACGGCCGCCUGUGCGCCGGUCACGUCGCACACGAAGGGCUCCAUACCAAACAUCAAUAGCAUUGCCGAGCUGAUGCCGCAGUGCAGCGGAGGCGGAGGCGGCAUCGGCGGCACGGGGGGCGUGGCCGGGGCAGAGGGACACGCACAAGCCCGCAGCAGCUUUGUGGACAAAAUCCAUGGCAUCACGGAUAAAUUACAACACUCGCUGGGCGGACAUCUAUCCCAUGAUCCCAGCAAGACGGGCAGUGUCCAUCCGAUGCUCACGGUGACGCCGAGUCCCUUGGCCAGCGGACCCAGCAUGUUCCAGGCGAGCAAUCCGGCACGUCGCUCCGUGGACUCCAGUCCCUCGCACUCGGCCACCAACCACUCGCAGAUGUCCCGCAACUCCUCGAAGAAGAGCAGCAAUUCGGUUAAUUGCAAAAUUGAUGCUGACAUUAAGCUCCUCGCGCGAAAACUCUCCCAUUUCGAUCCGCUGACACUCAAGGUCCCGCUGAAGGAUGUCGUCUGCUAUUUAUCACUGCUCGAGGCAGGACGUCCGGAGGACAAGCUGGAGUUCAUGUUCCGGCUGUACGACACGGAUAGCAACGGAGUCCUGGACACGGCCGAAAUGGACGCCAUUGUCAACCAGAUGAUGGCCGUGGCCGAAUAUCUCGGCUGGGAUGUCAGCGAACUGCGUCCGAUACUGCAGGAGAUGAUGGUUGAAAUCGACUACGAUGCCGAUGGCACAGUGUCCUUGGACGAGUGGCAGCGAGGCGGGAUGACUACGAUUCCACUGCUGGUGCUGCUAGGUGUCGACAGCACCACGCUCAAGGAGGAUGGCAUCCACGUGUGGCGCCUGAAGCACUUCAGCAAGCCGGCGUACUGCAACCUCUGCCUCAACAUGUUGGUGGGUCUCGGCAAGAAGGGUCUCUGCUGUGUGCUUUGCAAGUACACGGUGCACGAACGAUGCGUGCAACAUGCCCCCGCGUCAUGCAUCACCACCUACGUGAAGUCGAAAAAACCAAAGUGUGGCGGAGACCUUCUGCAUCACUGGGUGGAGGGCAACUGCUAUGGACGGUGCUCCAAGUGCCGCAAAAGGAUAAAGGCCUACCACGGAAUCACCGGACUCACCUGCCGUUGGUGCCACAUGAUGCUCCACAACCGCUGCGCCUCGUCGGUGAAGAAGGAGUGCACCUUGGGCGAAUAUGCGGAGCUAAUUGUCCCGCCCACGGCCAUCUGCCCAGCGGUUCUCGACCGCCAACGUUCCGUGAACCAGGCUCACAAGAAAUCCCAAAUGCAUCACCACCAGGCCACGCACUUCCAAAUCACUCCGCCGGACGAGCUGAGCUGCCCGCUGCUGGUGUUCGUCAAUCCGAAGAGCGGCGGUCGCCAGGGGGAUCGCAUCCUGCGGAAGUUCCAGUACAUGCUCAAUCCGCGCCAGGUGUACGACCUGUCCAAGGGCGGGCCCAAGGAGGGACUCACGCUCUUCAAGGACCUGCCCCGCUUCAGGGUCAUUUGCUGUGGCGGCGACGGGACCGUCGGCUGGGUUCUCGAAGCCAUGGAUUCCAUAGAGUUGGCCAGCCAGCCGGCCAUUGGAGUGAUUCCCCUGGGAACGGGCAACGACCUGGCCCGCUGCCUCCGCUGGGGUGGCGGCUACGAGGGCGAGAACAUCCCGAAGCUGAUGGACAAGUUCCGAAGGGCCUCCACCGUGAUGCUGGACCGCUGGAGCAUCGAGGUGACCAACACUCCGCACAGCGAUGAAUUGCGGCCCAAGGUGACGCUGCACUCAAACAUGCAGAAGGUGAUUGAGCUGUCGCAAAGUGUUGUGGUCGACAAAUCGCUGAUGGAGCGCUUCGAGGAAAUCCAGCGGCAGAGCAAGCAGGUGGCCACGGCCAUGGGCACGGCGGCCUCCAGCACAUCGAUUAUGAUGGCCAGCAAAACGGAAACGGAAACGGAAACGGAAAUGGAAACAAUGACCGCAAUGAAGUUCGGCAGCUGCACCACCACAGCCAACAGAACGACCACGACCAAGAGCAUUUCGAUGUCCACGUUCGAGACGCAGUGCCUGCAACAAACCCUGAGUAGAGCGAUGAGCAGCAGCAGCAGCAACACGAGCUGCGAUAGUCCUUGCAACGGCAACCAGGAUGCGAAAACGGAAGUAGUUCCCCUAAGCGUUACAGUUGACCAAGUUGGAGAGAAGUCCGUGCUCAGGAGGUCGGGUGAAACGGAAAAGCAAUCACUUGAGACUCUGCUACUGCAACACAAACAACAGAUGCAGCAACAGCAACAGCAGCAGCAGCAAGAAGCCACACCGCUGGCUGCCAAGGAAGCUGCAACAGCAACGCCAGUCGGGAAUAAUCAAAGCGAUAAUAAUAGCCAGUGCAAUAAGCAAAACAACAUCCUUAAACAGCAAAUUACAUUGUCAUUGGACUUGUCCGACCAUGAAGAUGAGCCCAAGAGCGCCGUGGAAGGCGAUGGCCGGGGCGAUGGCACGAGGAGCAACGGCAACAGCAUUCCGGCCACACCAGUCACACCAAUCACACCCACCACUCCGAAUGCCACAUCAAGCGUGCCGCUGCAGCAGCAGCAGCAGCAUCUCCAGUUCGAGCAGCAACAGAAGCCCAUCAAAGUGCAAUCCGACAAGGACUGCACGGUGCCCUACAACAUAAUCAACAAUUAUUUCUCCGUCGGCGUGGACGCCGCCAUCUGCGUUAAGUUUCACUUGGAGCGGGAGAAAAACCCGCACAAAUUCAACAGUCGCAUGAAAAACAAGCUGUGGUACUUCGAGUAUGCAACAUCCGAGACAUUUGCCGCAUCCUGCAAGAAUCUCCACGAGAGCAUCGAGAUUGUGUGCGAUGGCGUGGCCCUGGACUUGGCCAAUGGACCCCACCUGCAGGGAGUGGCUCUCCUCAACAUUCCGUACACACACGGCGGCUCCAAUCUAUGGGGCGAACACCUCUCCCAGAAGCGGAUCCGUAAGAGCGCCGGGCCCUUCGGCAAGAGCAAGAAGCUCCGGGCGGGCGACAAGGAGUUCUCCGCCACCAGCUUCAAUUCCGUUGACCUUUCGGUGGCCAUUCAGGACUUUGGAGAUCGGCUAAUCGAGGUGAUUGGGCUGGAGAACUGCCUGCACAUGGGCCAGGUGAGGACUGGACUCCGCGCCUCGGGACGCCGCCUGGCCCAGUGCAGCGAGGUGAUCAUCAAGACGAAGAAAACAUUUCCCAUGCAGAUAGAUGGCGAGCCCUGGAUGCAGAUGCCCUGCACGAUCAAGGUGACACACAAGAACCAGGUGCCCAUGCUGAUGGCACCGCGAUCGGAGAAGGGACGCGGGUUCUUCAACUUGCUGUGCAGCUGAUUCAGGCGCAGCGCAUCGAGUGACUUCAUGGGCCGGACCGCCCAGGAGUCGGCCGAUGAGCUGGAUGAUGACUUUCGGAUCGUUACUAGAAGCACCACCGUCCAUAACAUAGCCUAGCGUGAAUAGCUUUAGCCCCAGUCCACCUGCGACCGCAUCGAAUUGGUUUACCACCCUAGGUUAAGGUUUCCCUUAUGAUAUGUCUAGAUAUGCUAUGUGUAUAUACAUAUGUAUUCUUGUAUGCAUGGAUGUCGAGUGAGUUACAGAGCUUUAUAUUUAGUGUUAGACUAGCCAAAUAUACAACCCAGUCAAGUCCA